AUGUCCACGUUCCCGUCCGAAGAGACCGCCAGUACGGUAGCAAAGAUCGCACAGAUUCUACGGAGACGUAAUGAAACCAUCUCUGUCUCAGAAGCAGCAUGUGGCGGGCUACUGUCCGCCUACCUUGUGAGUGUUCCCGGUGCAUCGCAAUGGUUCCACGGUGGGACACUUGUGUAUAGUCUCAAGUCGAAGCUGAAGCUGUCAGGAUGGUCCGAGGCAGACAUCAUCAGUUAUACCGGGCCCUCAGAGAAGGUUGCCCUAAGACUCGCCAGAACAUUGAGGAUUGAGCUCGGCAGUACCUACGUGAUUAGUGAGACCGGGGUCGCUGGCCCAGUAGAAGAAGGCGCGGACAAGACAGUGUUUGCCAAUGAAGACGUCGGCAAGGUGUACCUUGGUAUCUCGACGCCGGAGGGUGAGAAGUCAAAGACCUUCAAGACCGGGUCAGUUGAUAGGUCGGCAAACAUGCAGGAGUUUGCCCAGCGAGGGCUGGAGUUCUUCCUGGAAGAGCUGGAGAAGAUUGACAACAAGGAGAAUGGAGCAGCUUCCUGUGAAGAGUCAAGUACGAAGAAGCAUAAGGCCUAG